GUGUCACGUUCACGCGUCAAGCUUUGUGGGCUCCUAAAAAGUGUUUUAUGCUAUUCUAACUAUUGUGUAGUCUGUCACUUGUGCUAUCCUCUGACAGCGGUAAUGAAAAGCUGAAACAUGACUGGUGGCGUUGUUCAUCAAACUCGAAAAGUUAACGGGGCUCAGCACGUCGAAUGUAAACAUGGACAUGUCAAGGCAGAGCCCAGGCCUUAUAUCGUCAGCAAUUUUAAAGGACAGAGGAAGCUCGUGACUGGGUCGACGUGUGAAGAUCUCUUGUCAACCGGCUGCAAAAUUUUUGACGUGCGCAAGACGGACUGCAGACUUGUUCUGGAGGAUGGCACCGAAAUCGACGAUGAGUAUCUCGCUACUUGCGGUGAUUACACGGUUCUGGUCAUCCUGAGAGCAUCUGAACAGAUAAAGUACACUCAAGUGAAAGCACAACAGAUGAUUGCUAACAUUGGGAAGCUGCUCGCGUCUGACCCCCAGCAACUCAACAAAAUAUUCAACCCUGUUAAAGAUGAACUUGUCAGCAAGAUGCUCGGGCAUAUUCAAUCGCUCGAAGCUCCUCAGGUUCUGCUGCUGGCUGACAGCAGGGAAGAGGAUCCAAAAUGGUUUGAAGGAGAGAAGCGGGCAGUAUCAAAAAGGUCUGUCCUUAGAGAGAGGGCCAAGACACGAAUAAAGGGCUACUACUAUAAGUCCAAAGACGAGAUGCAGAAGCGACUUGGCGAAAAUGACAGGGGUUGCGUGCGCCACCUGUUUGAGGAGUUUCUGCGGCUACUCAAGCAACAUGACCACAAUGGCCACUACUUUGUACGUGGUGACACGGGUGCACUAUGCCUAAGUGAUGGCCAGUUUAACUGCCAGGGGACGUUCAGUAAAGACCUGUGCUCUGGGCGGCUUCAUAUGAUCAACCCAUAUGCCAGCAGAGAGCAGCUGGUCAUCUUUAGCACAUGGAAUUUGGAUCACAGAAUCGAGAGGUCCAGAUCGAUCCUGCCAACCAUGUCUAAAGCCAUUCAACUUGCCGAUGGGCGAGCAAUCAAUGUGGAGUAUUUCUACCGGCUCCUAUUCACAACUGAAAACUUGAAACUGGUCCAUCCUGUUUGCCACAUUAAGGCGGAGCACAAUGGCUAUUGCUGUGACCCCAGAAGCUGGUACGCUGGUAAUGUGACACAAAAUGAUGGGCGUGGUGACGAAUCUAUAAAGAGGAUGCAAGAAAGUGGACAAAGUGUUGAGUGACAGGACAGUUGGAUGCAUUUUGUAGCUGAGCUGAACUGUCAAGAAAUCCGUGCCAGCCUGCGGAAGAUGUUUCCUGUCGUGGUGGUGGUUAAGUGGCUAUGGCGUUCUGCAGCUACGUAUGAAGUUGCAAGUUUGAUGCCUAGUCGCGGAGGCCAUAUUUCGAAGUAGACUGAACGCAAAAACGCUUGUGUACUUAUACGCAAAUCUUAUACUUAUACGCAAGUUAAUCUAAAGCCCUCCAAUAUACAGUGUCUCAUAGCACAUGUGUUGCUUUGGGAUGCUAAGUUCCAUCAAUCGAAGAAGACAAGAUGUCAUGACAGGGGACCAAGCCUGAUCUCAGUUAGCAUUGAGGCCAUGUAGGCAAAACAGGCCACAUUGAAGCACUUUUUGCAUUGAUCUUGCUGCCCACCAUUUUUGAUCUCAGCAAAUUGACAUUAGACUUUGUACAUAUGGAUCUAGCCUUCUUGCCUAAACGAUGGCAGUAUAGCAUAAUUUUUGCAAUACCAAUUCAUUCUAGCUUACAUAUGUCCAUCCUGUGACAUUUAGGCAGAGUCCGUUAAACUGUUUUAAUUUGUGGUCUUUAAAUCAAGCUGCCUCUGAAACUUCUCUCUCAAUUAGCAUCAAGCAGAACUACAGAGUUUCUGACCAAAUAUUUCGGACAAUUUCAUGUUCCUGUGGGUUAAAAAUGAAACAUAACUAUAAAUCGAUUGUAAACACAAUGGUAUUUGAUGCUGAAACGUCUCUAUACAACGUUAAACAGUUUAGUAGCUCCUCACUUGCAGGCAAUAUAAGAACUGAACUGAAACAGAAUACUAGUUGAAUAUUUCAGAAUGAUCUUAAACCUACUCAAGACAUGCGGCAGAAUGGGUAGCUCCGCACUGCGACCCUGGUUUGAAGAGGGAGAGGGCAUGGUACUAGUUGUUGCAAUUUUAUGUGCAUUUGCCUAAGUACUACAAAACGAAAGUGAGAAUUAUAUCCAAAUUUUUCAUUGCAGCCUUGAAAAAUACUUUUCAUUGUUUCCUAGCUAAAGCAGCCACAUUCCAAUAUGGGCAGCAUGCAGAGAUGCCUAUGUAGUGUGAUCUGUAAUACUGGCAAUACGUAAAUGUUCAAGGUGGUCAAAAUUAAUGUUGCACCUCCACUAUGGAAUCUCUCGAAGCCCAGACAUGGUUAUGGCAUAUGAAAACCUUCAAUUAUUACGGUGGUUGACAAAAAGUAUAACCCCUGUUUUGCCCUUUUGUUGAAACUGUAUGCACAACAGCAUUUACAACAGCGUAUAUCAGUGGCACUUAUGGAACUCUCGUCAAAGUUGCCUCGUGUUUGGACCAUUUUGAUGCAAGUCAAGGAUGCUGCAAGCAUAUUAAAAGAAAAGCAAAAAGGCAUUACACGUUCGAUGUUGAGGUAGCAGGACCUUGAGAAUAAGGGAUGGUAAAAUUUCUGCAUUUGAAAACAAAUAUGACUGUUACUAUGGGAUCACAGACAUCUAAGCACUGCUUAAAAGAAAAAGGUAGUGCUGCAAGUGCCAUUUGUGAACUUUUCAGUUCUUUGCCUAACUGUGAUCAUACUGUUAUGAAGCAAUUUGAGGAAGACGCUUGUGCAUGAAAAAGACGAACUUGAAGUUGUGGCAGGCAUCUAGCAUGAGCCUUUUGUGUACAAUCCUCUGUGUCUGUCAGUGCACCUCUACAUGUGAAUAGUUCUUUCGUACAUUUCUGCGAGAGGCACUCCUUCCGUUGACAGUACUUUGGCUCUGGGCCGGAUGGAUUUUACAUGUUUAAUUGUAGACCCAGGUGUUUUGCCACUGCCAACAUAGAGACUAGGUGCCAUUAAAGCCAGCAUGGUGUUUUACCUUAUGGGGCAUCGGCAAGCAUUGCAUAGCUUAUUGAUGCAGUUAAUUGAUGCAAUGAAUUGCAGUAAAUUUUUUAAAUGAUCGUAUGGGCCCAGAAUCAGCUGUAUUCCUCAUUGCAAUGAACUGCUUUUGCAAGAAUAUUUUGUA